UCAGUGGGGCCCACGUUUUACGCACACCGUUUCCUUCUGUCUAGUUAUUGUAUUUAGGUACUGUCGACGUGUUUCCCUUGUUGACAGGUAACAAGAACCGUGUUCCGUCUUUCUGAAACGAUGGAGCUCAUACACGGAGUUUUCCUUGCAGUAGUGCUGGGUCACGUCGCCACAGUUAAUGGUCUGUAUGACAGAAAUUCCGAUGUCGUUGAAUUGACGGCCGGCAACUUCCAGGGCAAAGUCUUGGACAGCGAUGAUCUCUGGUUGGUUGAGUUCUAUGCCCCAUGGUGUGGCCACUGCAAAAGUCUGGCACCAGAAUGGUCUAAAGCAGCUGCAGCAUUGAAGGGCGUCGUUAAGGUUGGCGCUGUCAACAUGGACGAUCACGGAUCGGUCGGGCAACCCUACGGCAUCCGAGGUUUCCCGUCCAUCAAAGUCUUCGGCGCAGACAAGAAGAAGCCCGUCGACUACGAGAGUGCGAGAACAGCUUCGGCAAUCGUCGCCGAAGCUCUCAACCAAGUUAAGAAAUUAGUAAACGUUAGGCUCAGCGGCGGCGGCGGCAGCAGAAGCAGCGGCGGAAGCAGGUCUGGAGGUGGCGGCGGGGAUGGUUUCGCUGCGGAGGAAGUCGUGGCGCUGACCGAUUCUAACUUCGAGCAGCUCGUGCUGGACAGCGACGACAUGUGGCUCGUCGCGUUCCACGCACCGUGGUGCGGUCACUGCAAGAGCCUCGCGCCGCACUGGGCGACGGCCGCCCACGAACUGAAGGGCAAAGUGAAGCUCGGAGCGGUCGAUGCCACUGCGGACACCGUCUACUCUAGCCGCUACGGCGUCAAGGGUUUCCCCACGAUCAAGCUGUUCAAUCAGGGCAAGAAGGACGGCGACGCACAGGAGUAUGAUGGCGGGCGAACGUCAUCAGACAUUGUCAGCUGGGCUCUCGACAAACUGUCGGCUAAGAUUGAACCACCGGAGAUUAUACAGGUGACGGAGAAGACGACCCUCGAGACGGCCUGCCAGAAGAAUCCGCUCUGCAUCGUCUCGAUCCUCCCGCACAUCUUGGACUGCCAGUCAGACUGCCGGAACGGCUACCUCAAGGUUCUUCGUGAGCUCGGCGCGCGAUACAAGAAGCAGCUGUGGGGCUGGGUGUGGGCGGAGGCUGGCGCGCAGCCCGACCUCGAGGAAGCUCUGGGGAUCGGCGGAUUUGGCUACCCGGCGAUGGCGGCGCUGAACGCGCGCAAGAUGAAGUUUGCGCUGCUGCGCGGCGCGUUCAGCGACGCGGGCAUCCACGAGUUCCUGCGCGAGCUGUCGGUCGGCCGAGGCUCGACCGCGCCGCUGCGGGGAGCCGAGCUGCCUCGCGUUGCCGCGACGACACCGUGGGACGGCAAGGACGGAGAGAUGCCGGCGGAGGAUGAGUACGACCUGAGCGACGUCGAGCUGGAGCCGCUAGACAAGGACGAGUUGUAAUCGGGCGCAUGGGGGCAGUCUAGAGACAUGGGAGUUGUAAUUGAACGUGGACAGUCUAGAGAGUUCGGUGGUAUGAUCGGGCAUGGAGGAGUCUGGAGAGUUGAAAGUUAUAAUCAGGCGUGAGGCAGUCUAGAGAGUUGAAAGUUAUAAUCGGGCGUGGGGCAGUCUAGAGAGUUGAAAGUUAUAAUCGGGCGUGGGGCAGUCUGCAGAGCUGGGAGUUAUGAUCAGGCGUGGGGCCGUCUUGUGAGCCGGGAGUUGUGAUCGGCAUGGAUUGUCCGGAGAGUUGGGAACUUGGGAGCUGGAACCAUUAGAUGACAACAAUGGGCAGUGAUUGGUCAGCCCUUCUGGCCUGUUUGACCGACAGCUCUAGCCAAUCAGCAAUGCGAUAGGAUAUUCUAAAAACUGCGUAGCAACCACGUGUCGCUCGGUACACAUUUUGGCGCUCACCACGUACAUUUGUUUGGGUUAGCCCGACCGACCUAGUAACAAUAUAAAGGAUGUGCACCGCCAUCUUGCUCUAAUGAAUAGGGCAGUUGACCAGGGGCAUCAUGAGAGCUGAGAAUUGCAUCAGCAAGCAUUUGAUGCUAUGUAGUUGUGCGUAUGAAACAAAGUGUCAUCCAAUCUGCAUUGGUACAAUCUCGUUAAGAAUUUGGCAUGUGGAGCUGAGCUAGGUUAAAUGCAAGGUUUAAAAUCAUGUGUAUUGUGAUAUCUGCCAGAAAUACACUGUAUAAUGAGUAACUCCAGUCCCAGUGAUAAUUAAGUUUGCAAUGGAGUUUACAUUACAAUAACCAUCAGGUUUGCACUUAUUUAUCUGAGAUUUAUUCCUUUUCAAUGAGGUUGGCUGUAAUCGUAUAAUAAUUUGUUAACAGCAAGUGCACAGAUUGUGCUUAGUGGUCCUGUGAAAUCCAUGCUUUGAUUAAAUUCCUGAAUACUAUCAUCAGAAGAGCAUGAUUAAUGGAUCAAUUAUCAGUAAUGUUUAACUGGGUUUUCUAGAAGUAAAGUGAAAAGAGUUUUCAGACAGUAAUAAUAAUAUGGCAGUGAGUUUUGUGUGUUUUUGAAGGGGAAUGCUUGAAGAAGUUUUUUAUAACACAGUUGUUGACACAGUAGUGACAACUUCAUUCUACUCUUAGUACAUAAACAUAUGUAGUGUAUACGGUUUGGUACAUUAUGUUCAUGCUUGAAAGAUGUAUUGAUAUCUUGAGGUCAAACACUUGGUAGCACAAACCUAUGGCCUAUAGCUUGGUAAACUACCAUGCAGCUUGUUUGGGAAUGUAUGUUUUGUGUGUGGAUCUUCUUGGGUGUAUCCUAAUCCUUUUUAAUGUCUACUUAGGAAUUGCCUAUGUAUUUUGUAUUCUUGGUGCCUGCCUCUCUAACAGUAAGUGUACCAGGUACAGCCACAAUAUAUGCUAUUGCCCAAUUACGACUGCAGGGAAUGAUCCGUGGCAGGGUAGACCUAAAAAUAACAAAUUGAACUUACACAUUGCAUUUACUUGCGUUAUUUAUCCGAAACCUGUGGAAGAAUUCUUUUGAUCUGUUUGUGUUAUGAGUGGUACCUCAUGUUGAGGUGUUGAAGGUGAAUAUUGUUGAUAGUAACAUCGUACAUUGUCUCAGAAGUCAUCUAGACGUGGUGUUUAGGAAAUGUGGUGCAUUGUACGUUGUAAUGGUAAUAUCGUCUGUCAUCUGAUAACGCUGGGCAUUUCGUAAUGACAUGUGCAUUGUAAUUUCAAUUACACAUCGAGAUUCUGUAUAAUAGGCAGGUUAUCGUGAAGUGGAAGAUACACCAGUUGUGGAAAUCUAUUAAAAAUUGAUGUGGUCGAACAGUCAACCUUGGUUAAAGACAGAACGUAACUCAGGAAGCUGGCUCAAAAAUGUAUCUUCGGAAAUCAUAUGCUGUAAAUCAGUGCUUAUUGGUUAUGCAGUUGAUAUUACAUUCAGUCUUUUAUAUGAAAAUAUGUU